AUGGAUUUUAUAACAACAAACAGCAGCUGCAGCAACGCGACCGGCGGUCACCCUCAAGGGGUGGACGUGGUGGCCGACUGGGACGGGGGUGAGAAUGCCACGGGGUCUGGGUCUCUGCCAGAUGUGGAGCUGAGCUACCAGAUUAUUACCUCUCUGCUCCUGGGGUCCCUCAUCCUCUGCUCCAUAUUUGGCAAUGCGUGCGUCGUGGCAGCCAUCGCCCUGGAGAGAUCUCUCCAGAACGUGGCCAACUACCUGAUCGGAUCCCUGGCCGUGACAGACCUCAUGGUAUCGGUGCUGGUUCUGCCAAUGGCGGCCCUCUACCAGGUUUUGAACAAGUGGACACUGGGGCAGGAGAUCUGUGAUUUAUUCAUCUCUCUGGAUGUACUGUGUUGCACAUCCUCCAUCCUCCACCUGUGCGCGAUUGCCUUGGACAGGUACUGGGCCAUAACAGACCCCAUUGACUAUGUAAAUAAACGGACACCGAGGCGAGCUGCGCUCUUGAUUAGCGUGACCUGGCUGGUUGGCUUCUCCAUCUCUAUCCCGCCUAUGUUAGGCUGGAGAAGCGCCGAAGACAGGGCGAACCCCGACGCCUGCAUCAUCAGCCAGGACCCGGGCUACACCAUCUACUCCACUUUUGGGGCUUUUUACAUCCCCCUUAUCCUCAUGUUGGUCCUAUACGGGCGAAUAUUCAGGGCUGCGCGCUUUCGGAUUCGAAAGACGGUCAAGAAAACCGAGACAGCGAAAGUGUCCGACAAGUGCUCUACCGUGUCUCCGGCCAUCUUCCACAAGAGAACCAACGGGGAGGCCGGGGUCAAAGGCUGGAAGCGCAGCGACGAGUCUAAGCCAAGCUCUCCGUGCGUCAACGGCGCGGUGAAGCACGGGGAGGAGGGCGAGUCCUUGGAGAUCAUAGAAGUCAUCGGCAACUCGAAGACGCACCUGCCUCUGCCCAACACCCCUCAGUCCUCCUCGCACGAGAACAUGAACGAAAAGAACUCGGGGGCGAAGAGAAAGCUGGCGCUGGCCAGGGAGCGUAAGACGGUGAAAACACUGGGGAUCAUCAUGGGGACUUUCAUCUUCUGCUGGCUGCCCUUCUUCAUCGUCGCCCUGGUGCUGCCGUUCUGUGCGGAGCGCUGCUACAUGCCCGAGUGGCUGGGCGCAGUCAUAAACUGGCUGGGCUACUCUAACUCUCUCCUCAACCCCAUCAUAUAUGCCUACUUCAACAAAGACUUCCAAAGUGCUUUCAAGAAGAUUAUAAAAUGCAAAUUCCACAGACCGUAG